ACUUUCUUUGGAGACCUCAGGAUGGUUUUCAUACAACAGCUCUAUGUGAGAUUUAGUGUUGGCCAGAAGACUUAGAUAAGGUUGCUCUGGAAUCCCUGUGAAGUACAGUGCUGCAUCUGGAAAAGCCUCAGUAUCCUUCAGCCAUACCAAGUAGAGAUUACAUUUUCCUCAGAUAACCCCCUUGAAGUAGCUUUAUAUAAUCUUUUAGAAUGCAUUUAAGCUACUUCUUUUCACUUUUGCUCCAUGAGCACAACGUAGCCUAUAUGAUAAAUACGUUGCGAGAAUGUGAAAUGUCAAUCAAGAAGAAUUUUAUUUUUUAGUCCUUAAACCCCACCACAGGAAAUGCCUUCAUAUAAUUUCUCUGCAUGCAUGUUAAACCACUAGCUGCCUAAAAAUGCCAGUGGAAUGCAAGUCCUCUGCAGCAGAGGAGAAAGUGAAAUAAAAUAUCAAGACUUGAGAGGCUUCAGUGUCAUAAAAACACCUCUUUGCUUUAAGUGACGGUUGCACAGGUUUACUGGACAAUGGGCACCUGUUGUUUAAGUGAAGCCACAGUUAGGCCUCUGUGUGUGCACUCCGUCUGUAUUAGAGGCUUGCUCCCAGAGGGGGAAUCAGCUGUCACUGUUGUCAGGCAUUCCUCUUGGAGGCGAGGUUAUUUUUAGUAGGGGCCAUGAUCCUGCCUUUAUCAGCUCCUCGCCUAUUGUGUCAUACACAGAAAGUACUGUAUGGUGUCGGCCGACCUCUCCACGAGCACAACAAAGAAAUCUAACGAAAAGGCCAGCAUCCAAUGGGGAAUUAUAAAUCAAGGCCCUCUCAAACGUGUACAGAUGAAUGGAAGAAGAAAGUCAGUGAGUCCUACUCGGUGAUAAUCGAAAGGCUGGAAGAUGAUCUGCGCAUCAAAGAGAGUGAGUUGAUGGAGCUCAAGCAUGUCUUCAGCUCUGACGAGGCCUUCCAUAAAGUGAACUUAAACUACCGCACAGAGAGCGGGCUGUCCCUUUUACACCUCAGCUGCAUGUGUGGAGGCAACAAAACGCACAUCAGGGCCCUGAUGCUGAAGGGCCUCCGGGCUUCCAGACUGACCAGAAAUGGAUUCACUGCACUGCACUUUGCUGCAUUCAAGGACAAUGCGGAACUUGUGACUGCCCUCCUCCAUGGAGGUGCAGACAUCCAGCAAGUUGGCUAUGGAGCCCUCACAGCCCUGCACAUUGCCACAAUAGCAGGGCACCAUGAGGCAGUGGAUAUUCUUCUUCAGCAUGGAGCAUACGUGAAUGUCCAGGAUGCUGUGUUCUUCACACCCCUACACAUAGCAGCAUACCACGGACACGAGCAGGUGUCUAAGUUGUUGCUGAAGUUUGGAGCUGAUGUAAAUGCCAGUGGGGAGGUUGGAGAUCGGCCUCUUCACCUGGCAGCAGCCAAGGGCUUCCUGAAUAUCGUCAAGCUGCUGAUGGAGGACGGGGGCAAGACUGAUGUGAAUGCUCAGGAUAAUGAGGACCACGUUCCUCUGCACUUCUGUGCUCGCUUUGGACACCAGGAGGUGGUGCGGUUCCUGCUUCAAGGCAACUUCCAUGCACAUCCACACUCAGUCAACAUCUAUGGGGACACUCCUAUCCACUUGGCUUGCUACAAUGGUAAGUUUGAAGUGGUGAAGGAGAUUAUUCAGCUGUCAGGAACAGAGAGCCUGUCGAAGGAGAACAUCUUCAGUGAAACUGCUUUUCACAGUGCCUGCACCUAUGGCAGAAACAUUGAGAUGGUGAAGUUCCUGAUGAGCCAAAAUGCCAUGAGCAUCAACCACCAGGGCCGCGACGGUCACACAGGUCUGCACAGUGCCUGUUACCAUGGACACAUCCGGCUGGUGCAGUUUCUGCUGGAUAGCGGGGCGGACAUGAACCUGGUGGCCUCGGACCCCAGCCGGUCCAGUGGGGAGAAGGACGAGCAGACGUGUCUCAUGUGGGCUUAUGAGAAAGGUCAUGAUGCCAUUGUCACCCUGCUGAAACACUACAAAAGGCCCCAGGAUGAUUCACCCUGCAAUGAGUACUCCCAGCCAGCAGGAGAUGGAUCUUAUGUGUCUAUUCCCUCUCCCCUGGGGAAGAUCAAAAGCAUGACUAAAGAAAAAGCCGACGUGCUCUUGCUCAGAGCCAGUCUCCCUUCCAACUUCCACCUCCAGCUGUCAGAACUGGAGUUCCAUGAAAUUAUUGGUUCAGGUUCAUUCGGAAAGGUGUACAGAGGCAAAUGCCGCAACAAAGUUGUGGCAAUAAAACGGUACAGAGCCAAUACCUAUUGCUCUAAAUCAGACACGGACAUGUUCUGCCGAGAGGUGUCCAUUCUCUGCCGCCUCAACCACCCUUGUGUCAUUCAGUUUGUGGGAGCUUGUCUCGACGACCCCAGCCAAUUUGCCAUUGUCACCCAGUACGUGUCUGGAGGUUCGCUCUUCUCCCUGCUACACGAACAGAAGAGGAUCAUUGAUCUGCAGUCCAAGCUCAUCAUAGCCAUUGACGUGGCCAAGGGCAUGGAGUACUUGCACAACCUCACACAGCCCAUCAUCCACAGAGACCUCAACAGCCACAACAUACUGCUCUAUGAGGAUGGCCAUGCUGUGGUUGCUGAUUUUGGAGAGUCCAGAUUUCUGAUGUCUGUGGAUGAGGACAAUAUGACCAAACAGCCUGGGAACCUGCGUUGGAUGGCCCCCGAGGUGUUCACCCAGUGCACACGCUACACCGUCAAGGCCGACAUGUUCAGCUACGCCCUGUGUCUGUGGGAGCUGCUCACCGGGGAGAUUCCCUUCGCCCACCUGAAGCCCGCGGCCGCAGCGGCUGACAUGGCCUACCACCACAUCAGGCCUCCCAUUGGCUACUCCAUCCCCAAGCCCAUCUCCGCCCUGCUAAUGAGAGCCUGGACAGUGUGUCCAGAGGAACGGCCUGAGUUUUCUGAGGUGGUGGCAAAGCUUGAAGAAUGUCUGUGCAAUGUGGAGCUGAUGUCCCCGGCGUCCAGUAACAGCAGCGGUUCUCUGUCUCCUUCGGCCUCCUCUGACUGCUUGUCUGCGCGUGGUGGGCCCGGACGUAGUCAUGUGGCAGCGCUGCGCUCGCGCUUCGAGCUGGAGUACGCCCUCAACGCCCGCGCAUAUGCCGUGUGGACUCAGAGCUCAGAGCGACGGUCAUCGCAGGGUCUGUCUUUGGAUGAUCUUAGGAGGAAUUUACAGCAGUUCCCACCAAUGGACAGAAAUGGUUAUGUGUCAGAUCCCAUGAGCACAAUGAGGUUUCAUUCGUGUAGCAGCAAUGGGAGCUUUGAAGACAGCAACUAACACCCCCACCUCAGCUUUCUCACUCUCUAAAUCUCACUACGUCAGUCCUGAGUGUCUGAUCAUUAUACAAUAACUAACCAUCACUGUUAACAUUUUGUAGGUUGUCAUGAAUACUGUGCUCUUCACACUUACUUUUGAAGUGGUUAUAUUGUACAUUUUUAUGUAAAUAUGUUGCUUUUUUGGUCAUUUUUGUUAGGAAGUCAUGGAUGAGAUUGUCAAAUUAUAAGUGUCAAAAUUAGGCUAUGUGUAAUCCUGUGCUUUGACAUGCAAAAUUGCAUACAGAAGUCAGAGAAAUUACAUAACAUAAUGCAUAAGGAGGGUUUAAACACUGGGUACAUCUGAUACAAAAUAAAACUUAACAGUGUUUAACGUGAAUAGCAUAUUUGAAGUUUUUGGCCUUCAAGGAAUGUCGGGUGCAAUAUACACUCACAGCAGGGUUACACCAGACACACAACUAAAGUGUUUGCGGAGUGUAUUCUGCAACAAUUAGCUUCCACUAUAAUCAAAUGGACUGGCUAUUACAGACAUGAUAAUGGGGCACAUUCGAUAAAAUUAGGCCUCUGGUGAAACAAUUUAGCAUAUUCGUACAAUCCUGCCAUUACGUUUACUGUAGCAAAAUUGUUAUACAGACUCCAGUUUAUUAUCAUCACUGUAUAACAAAGGUUUACAAGGACUAAAAAUGAAUACAUGCAGUAUUCUUCAUUCAAUAUUAAAAGUCAAAUAUAACUAGAGCUGACAAAUGCACCUGAUAUAAGAUUAUCUCCUUGUUGAGAUUCAGUGUUUUCUAAAACAUAAAAUAUAAUGUGUAAAGUGUACACCAUUAU